ACUCGUGUCAGCAGCCCUACAGCGAUGAUAUGAAGAUAUCCCAAACCACGAAACACCAAUAACUAGCAGGAUUACAUGAUCCUUGAUACUUGAUCCUAGUCCAUUUUGUGGAGCGAAAAUGUGUAAAGAUUGCGGUCUGCCCCCAUUUCGAUACCAAGAUUUACGACUCGAGCCAAAGAGUUUCUCUAUCCGGCUUCUCAAGCUGCACCCUGCAGGGGUCCAAGGCGCAGAUAUCGUAAUCGAAUUAGUGACGACUGACUCCGACAAUCCCUCCUACGAUGCUUUAUCUUGGUGUUGGGGCAAAGGCGGCCCGACGAGGCCAGUCCGCGCCAGAAGCGAAGGCGGGGAUCAUUGUCUAAGGAUUUCAACUAAUCUUGAGAGCGCUCUGCGACACCUUCGUCUCCCUGAUAGAUACCGAAUCCUGUGGAUCGAUGCUAUAUGCAUUGAUCAGUCUAACUCCAUGGAGAAAAACAGACAAGUUCCAAUGAUGUCGGACAUAUAUGGUAAAGCCCAACGAGUUUGCGUCUGGCUCGGAGAUAGCGACGACAGUAGCGUAAAAGCCAUCAAUUUCGUCAAAGACCAUGUCCUUGAUCUACACGACUUCGACAACAUCUGCCAAGACGAUAAGUACGCGGAAGGGUGGAUUGCUCUGGUCCAAUUUAUGGAGCGGCCUUGGUUUAGUCGGCGGUGGGUAAUUCAGGAAAUAGCUCUGGCAAAUCAAACUACCGCAACCAUUAUCUGUGGACAGGAUACUAUAUCCUGGGCAGAAUUCUCGGAGGCAGUGUCUUUGUUCGACGGAGCUCUGACUGGCCCUCUGGAUCUGUCCAAGUUAAAAUUUCCCCAUCGUAACAAUGUCUCCUAUAGCACUCGCUAUGCACCAGCGCUAGGCGCUAUUCGUCUCGUCAAGGCUACAAACGAAUUGUUUCGGACCUCUUUUUACGACGGGAUCCCUUCCGCUCUGCGAAGUUUGGAAUAUCUUGUUUCCACUUUUACCAUAUUCGAUUUAAUUCCAGACGGCGUUAAUAUGGAGGGUCAGGCGACUUUGUUUGAUCACCUUCCAUUAGUACGGAACGUCAUGAAGACCUGGAUGGAAAGUCAUAUUGUUCGCCGUGCAUUCCGGGUAGACUACGAUGCGCCGAUCAUCGAAGUCUACAAGCAGUUUAUAUCUUUCUCCGUCUCUAAAGCUCAGCCAUCACGAGCUCUAGACAUUAUUUGCCGCCCGUGGGCCCCAGAGCUACGAAAUGUGGAGUUUCCGUCGUGGAUUUCAACACUAGCAAACGCUACGUACAAGCUCGUCGAUCAAAAUGCACUUGGGCAACGACUAGUAAGACGUAACCCAGAUUCGCUUGUUGGAAAUCCGGAUAGCGCAACCUACAAUGCUUCACGGAAUAUCGGCCCACCAAAGUCGGUAAUGGUAUUCCCAUACUGGAAAUCUGUGGAUCGCAGUAUGUUUUUGCGCGGCUUUGUCCUCGAUGAGGUACGAAAUUCAACAUAUCCCUCUCAGUUAGGUCAUAUUCCUCUCGAGUGGGUGGCCAUGGGCAACUGGGACCCCAAAUAUGAUGAACCACCUGAGGAGUUUUGGAGAACCCUUGUUGCCGACAGAAGCCCAAGAGGCAGAGACCCCUUGCUUUUUUACCCUCGAGCUUGUAGAGAAGUCUUUCAACACUCGAUUGAUGAUACUCUCGACACAUCAAUGCUCAUUAAUCAUGGAAGUUCUAUCAUUGCAGACUUCUUGAAGCGGGUCCAAGCAGUGAUUUGGAACCGAAGGCUCAUGCGAACGAAACGUUCAUGGCUUGGUCUGGCUCCUAAAGCAACACGUGAUGGCGAUCUAGUUUGUAUUCUUUACGGUUGCAGUGUCCCCGUGAUUCUACGAAAAGUUCAGAAGACUUCAAGCGAAAUCGAGCUAGAGUUAAAAGAUCACGAGACACGAAAGGCGGACGCAGUAUUAUAUAUCGCUCGUAAGCUUGCUGACUAUGCACGGAGAAGGCGAGCUGCUCGGGAGGAAUAUAGUACAAGUAUCUCAAGCGACAAAUCGAGGACUCAUGAUUCUCAGGGAGUUAAGGAACGAAGUCCGCAAAUGUAUCAACCAGAUGAGGAAAAGAAAGUUGCUCAAUCGUCUUCGGAACACAAUCUAGACUCAAAUCCAAGCUCGGAUAGACAUGGCAAAAGACGGUAUAGUGAAAGCAACACUAAUGGCCACGACUCAAAACGCUUUGCCUCCGAUCAUCAGCAAUUGAAGUAUGUUGGGCCAGAUGCAUCUGACGUGUACUAUAUCCUUAUUGGAGAAUGCUACGUACAUGGCAUGAUGAAUGGUGAGGCAAGGAUAUUCCGAAGCAGAUAUAAUGCGGGCAAGCCAAUUUCUGAGCGCAUUAUGGCCGAGACUUUUGAGCUGAGAUGA